UCUCCCUCUCUCCCAGCAUGUCUUUAUUCCCGCCCUCCUUUCUCUCUCUCUCUCUCUCUCUCUCUCUCUCUCUCUGUCUGUCUCUCUGUCUCUCUCUUUAUAGGGGAGCGAAAGACAUAUUACUUCACAACCUGGAGUGUGUCAGAGUGAGAGAAAGAGAGGUCUCACUGAACACACGGAAAAGAACAUAGCUGUUCGGUUGUAAAUGAUAAGCAAAGUGCCAAGAAGAGACGCAGGAUUAAAGCAGCUUUCUGAUCUCAGGACGUCAUUGAGAGACCGGUUUAUUGAAGCUGGAAAUAACCAGAUCUGUUUUUAACCGUCUGAGAUGGAGGGAGAGAUAAAAGAAGGGAGGAAGAUCCAGUUUUCUGUUCCCUCCGCAGGUCCGAUUCAGCUUGACCCCAGACAAGUGGAGAUGAUUCGGCGCCGAAGGCCGACACCAGCCACGCUGUUCUGCAUGACAGAUCACCCGUCUCCGGAGGAAGAGAAUCCCAGCUUUCCGUUGUUUGUUUGUGAAAAUGGAGUUUCAAAGUCCCAGAAUAUAGACAUGGCCAUUUAUCAGCCUCCUUCACUCAAAGCUGUUCAAAAGAUGGCACAAGCUCACAUCAAAUCUUCAGAUACUCCUUCAUCAGAAUCAUCCGACAAUGAAGAUGUUUCUUUGGAUGCUCCUAGAGAUCCUCCAGAUAAGAGUAAAUCCAACCAAUCAGAUCAUCAGUCAGUGUAUGAAAGUCAGAAGGAAGAGGCAGAGGAAAAGGAUAAAGAAAAGGAUGUAGAUGAGAGAGGACAAAACACUGAUGAGGAAGGAGCUACAGUUCCACCAGACGAAAUCAAAUCUGAGAAAACAGAGUGUCCAUUAUCAUCAGGAAGAUUGGGCGAAGAGGAGAAAGGAAAAGAGGAAGCAGAGAAUUUAAGAGCAGAAAGCACAGAAAACAGGGAGAGUGAGGAAAAAGGGGAAGAAUGAGAGCUGAUGACAUAGAAAACAGACAGGAAACUUAAAAAAAGAAUUAUAUGACAAUUUUAUGAGAAGAAACAUAUUUUUAUAAAAUGAGGAUCUCAGACAGACAUAGAGAAAGAGUUAGAUAGAGAGAUAGAGAGAGAGAAAGAAAGAGAGAGCGAGUGAGUUUGUAUGUGGGUGUGAGACAGAGAGAAAGGUCAUGUUGAAGGUCAGUAUAUAAAGAAGUGAAGAAAGAGAAGCUGUUGAAGUUAAUAAUAUGUCAUAAUGAAGUUUUAAUCAUUUCUCAGACCAGAAACUUCAAGGUCAUUGUAAAAUAUACACAUGUUAAUAAAAUUUAUAUUAAGGCCAUGAUUUAUUUGCUUUUAUACAUCUGAUUCAAAAAUCAAGAACUACUUCAUUUCAUCAGUGAUCGAACACAUUAUUACACAUUAUUACAAAACAUAGCACAAUACAAAAUGCAUCAGAUUAUUCAAUUUUAAUGUCAUUUUUAAGCACUGAUGCCUGAGGCCUUUAUCCAUAAAUCAUUUCUUUUAUGACAUCCACAAAGUCUGUAAUAAAUAACUGGAUAAAUUGAGCACAAAAAUGUUUAUGUUGCCUGUUUUCUCUUCAGCAGCCUCAAAAUUUUAGCCUCAUCUUGCAUUUAGGAUUUUGAAACAGGUCCUGUAAAUAGAUCUGUUCUCAUUAGUCUAUGUCUUGAUCCAGACCGCUGGGCUUCUGACUCUUGUGGGUUUAUGGUAUGAGGUUCAGUCGAUAUAUAUAACAUACAGAAUACCGAUAAUGUACACUCUCAGGAAAAGGUACCAAACUCUACCUUUUAGGGUACAAACACUUGUCAGUAGGGUGGUAACCUCACGUAGACAUCUCCUAUACCUGUAAUUAAGGAAUAUAAUUGUAUCAUAUUCCACUAUACCUUUUAAUAGAUGAUACUGUACCCUAAAUAUUGUGUACUCUAUCACUACCUCAAGAAAAUGUAAAAUUUUCACUAAUUAAGUUUAGUUUAGUUUAUUUAUUUAUAAAGCACAUUUAAAAACAACUGAAGUUGAAACCAAAGUGCUGUACAAGUAGUAUAAAACAGAUGUAUAAACAAAAACAGUUGUGUGGAAGACAAAAUACCGGAAGACAAAUGGAAAUUUUACAGCCUCAGACUGUAAAGAUAAAGAAUAAAGGUGAGUCUUCAAAGAGGAUUUGAACAAAGCAAUAGAGGAGGAUGACCUUAUAUGAAAAGGGAGACUAUUCCACUUCACUUAAGGUACUACUCCAGUGACAAAUCCAUUUUGUUGCUUCUGGUGGCAAACUAAUACUUUAAUUACAUACUCAUUUUGAGUAUUUAAAUAAAUGCACAGUGUGUACAUAGUCAAUUUAGUCAAUCAUGAAUGCAUUUUAAUAAGAAAAAGUUUAACAGCUGAUUUAUGUCUUGUACAAUCUUCUUAAAGAAAUCACCAUGUGUGGUGCUGUUCUAGUAAGUGAGUGAGUGAUAGGGUGGUGUGAUGAAGCAGAGUUACUGUUGCCACCUCGAAAACUGAUUUCCCAUUAGAGCAUGUCCACAAGUGUGGACAACGGUGUACUGGAGGUUAAUUUUCAGUAACAUUUUCCAGUAAGGUGACAUGAACUGCCAGUAAUUAAGGCAUCAAGUAGGGAAUAACUCAUCAGAAAGUAAUGAGUUAAUAAUCAGGGACAAAUGAGUAAGUUAUACUUUAACGAUUGGAAGGGUGUAUUACUCAUCAUUAACUAAAUGUAUACACCAAAGUUUGAAAUUAAGAUAAUUAAGGCAUGUUUAAUGUAUGAGUUAUAAAUGUGUUAAUAAGCAUGAUGAUUUUACAAAAUAUGUGUUAUAUUAUAAUAAGGCUAUCUACUACAAAUAUAACUGUAUAUCCAGCACCAUAAAAAGCCUCAUAGCAGUCACUUUUAUGAUCCAUCUCUGGAAAGACAGGUCUGUCUUGAUGUUCUGAGCAAUCACGCUCACUGGGCGCUGGAAGGGCAGCUUGUGAAUGAGCAGGUCAGCAAACUUCUGAUAACGGAGGAUCUCACUCAAAGCCACAGUACCGGGCCUGUAACGAUGAGGCUUCUUCAUUGCCACCUUACCUUAAUACCUUUGUGGUGAGCUGCUUUCUAGGCACCUUGCUGCUAAUGGACUAGUGAUCUGCUUGGUUCUUGCCAUGACGUCAAAUUCUGUACUUCACAGAUAAAAAAACAGUAUAAAUGGCACUAACCAGUUGCCAGAGCAAACUAUGUCACAUGACAUCUUUUGCCACUGUUGGUGGCCUCUCUAAAACACUGGUUUUGUUCACUUUAGUUCACUUACCUCAAAUUUAUGGCUAUUUAGACUUUAUUUAUCUACUGUGCUCUUUAUUAUAUUAAUUAUAUACAUAUAUACAUUCACUUGAUGUUUUCUUUUUCUUUUUUUUUAAGUUUUUAUUUCCACAAUUCAGUCAAACAUUUGACAGCAAAUUGUAAAACAAUUGUGUAACUCAGUCCUGCAUCUACAGUAGUUGUACAAUCAGGCCGAAUACUUCAAAAGGGGCAGAUCAACAAAAAAAUCAAAACAAACCCAGUGUUCGAUAGAUACAGUAUAUCCAUAUUUUGUAAUAGUAAAGUGAUAUAAGCGAAAAGCCAAAAAAUGCAAACAAGUUUCUUUUCUCAUUUUAAGUGUAAAAAGCUGGGAUUAUUUGAAAAAAAUUACAGCUAUCAAACACUUUUUAAUGAUGGUCCCUAAGCUGGUAGUAUUUGUGUCAGUUUUCAUGCAGUUCGAUGAAAACUACUCUAGAUGCUGGACUGAGUUGGGCUUAUUUGUUUAAAUAAUGUGAGCAUUGAAAGACACUAAUUAAUAUUAAUUCUUCUACUGCUACUAAUAAUUAUUUUAUAUUAUAUAGUGCAUUUCUCAUACCCAAGGGCACUUAGCAGUAAGAACAAAUUACUAAAAGCAAACAGUACAUAAUCAGAAAGAUAACACAGGAACCAGCAAGACCAUUUGGUGCUUUGAAGGUUACAUUAAGGAUUUUAAAUUGAAGGCAGUUAUUGGUAGCCAGUGGAGUUGGCACAGGACCAGGGUAAUGUGAGAAGUUUUUCUGGUACAGAGAAUUGCAGUAAUCUAACUGUAAGGUGAUGAAUGCAUGGACAAGGGUGUCAGCAGCAUGGAGGCUGAGGGCAAGGUGAAGGCAAACACUGCCUUCACAUACACACAAGAGUGUAUAGAAAAUCAGAAUCAUUUCCAAAACUUUUGUAAAUCCAGUGAAAAUCUUUAGUUUGGUUUGGUUUAUGCAAACAUGUGAGUACAUAUGGCCAAGUAGCCAAGUGUGAGUACAGACUGCUAUGUUUGGUGUUUAAUAUUUUAGAACUUGCUUUAAAGAUGGUUCUCACUGCCUUAAAAUAGAUAGUGGAUGGAGAUGCUGUUCACACUGAAAAGAAUUCCAUAAACACUCUGUUGAGUGAAACAAGUUACAUACUGGUUAAACACAUGGUAGUGAUGCAAAAGUAAGGCCAUAUUUCACAUUAUUAAGGUUCACACAGAAAGACUGAAUCAAUCAGUGAGCUCAGUUUUUACUUUGGCAAUCAGCAGACAAUAAGUUAACUGUUUAAUUAUACUUUUGUUUACUGCCUACAGUCAGGUCCAAGUAUUUGGGCAGUGAUACAAUUUUCAUAAUUUUGCCUCUGCACACCACUGCAAUGGAUUUGAAAUGAAGUAAUCAAGAUGUGAUUGAAGUAUAGGCUUUCAGCUUUAAUUCAAGGGGUUUAAC